AUGUCGAAGAAAAGCCAGUUGGAAGUGGAGGCGGCAGCGAUGAGACCAACGGCAACGGAAUCGACACCCCUCGUAUCUAAAGAAGGCGUCGAUAGUGCUGACGGAGGUAAAGAUGGCGGCCCGACGAGAGGAUUGUCGGUCAGACAAACCGCUAUUUUGGUGGCCGGGGAGAUGGCGGGAAGUGGAGUACUGGCUUUACCACGUGCUCUCGUCAAGACAGGUUUGUUUACGCCUUUACUACUUGCAAUGCUUAGCGAAAAUUCAUACCUCACUUGUUCAGCGCAUCGCUACAAGGUAUAA